AUGGCUCGCCUCUCUUUCGCCGCGCUGCUGCUCGCAGCCGCCGCCACCGGUACCAGCGCCGCCGGUUGUGGUGGAGGCUCCGGCCUGCUCUACGUCAGCUCAUACGCGGGCACCAUUACGACGCUCAACACGACGGCCAAGUCGUCGACCGGCGCCGGCAGCAAGUACCCGACCAUCCAGGCCGUGGCCUCCAACGAGGGCUGCAAGACGAGCCCCUCGUGGUUGGCGCUCGACCACGCUGGCGCGCAGCUGUUUUGCGUCGACGAGAGUCUGCCGACCCCCGGGGGCAGCCUCUCCUCGUACCGGACCAACACGGACGGUAGCCUGUCACCGAUUGGCAAGGUGACGACGGCUCCCGGUCCGGUGAGCGGCGUCUUUUACGGCUCCAGGGGCCAUGGCUUUGCAAUUGCCCACUACGGCGGCUCUGCCUUUACCACGUGGGACAUUAGCGACCCAGCCAAUAUCAAAAACGUAGACACUGUCAAGUUUACCGAGCCCGCCGGGCCCAAGCCCGAGCAAAACGCGCCGCACCCGCACGAGACGGUGCUCGACCCCACGGAGCGGUACAUUGUCGUGCCGGAUCUCGGCGCCGACCUCGUUCGCCUCUUUUCCCUUGACAACGAGACGCUCAAGACCACGGCGCUCGAUCCCCUCAAGGCCAAGGCGGGCAGCGGACCCCGUCACGCUGCUUUUGCCGUCACGGGCGACAAGACGUUCAUGUACCUCAUCACGGAGCUCGGCAACACGAUUGUUGGCUACGAGGUUACGUAUGAUGACACGAUACACUUUACUGAGAUUUUUGACAUUGGCGUGCAUGGCGAGGGCAAGGCUGUGCCUGCGACGGCUGCUGCCUCUGAGAUUGUGGUUUCUCCCGACAACAAGUUUCUCGUCGUUUCUUCGCGCCGCGAAAACAGCACCCAGAUUCCCAGCUUCGACGACCAAACCAAGCAAAUUGAUUCGGACCCCCUCAUCAACUUUUCCAUUGACGAAAACACGGGCAAACUCACUUUCUUGCAAGAAGUUUCCGCUGGCGGCCGCUUCCCCCGCCACUUUUCCAUGAACAAGGCCGGCACCAAGAUUGCCGUCGGCUUGCAGACCGAGGGCCGGGUCGUUGUCAUCCAGCGUGACCCCGAGUCGGGCAAGCUCGGCGAUUUUGAGUCGUUUGCGAAUAUCGCGGGCGACAUUACCUCUGUCAUCUUUGACGAGUGA